GAAAUUGAAAUUGAAAUUGAAAUUCACCCCUACGUAGAUUUAAUGAAAAUAUUUUUGUACAAUUUUCUUUCCCGCAUAGCUUGUGUCGUUGCGUGACGAAACGCAGAUAGGUUGAAGAAAGAAAAACGAAGUUAGAGUGAGAUUGCAAUGUUGGGUGACGCCACCAACUGGAACGAAGAUGAAUACAGAGAAACCGUUUUAAAGGAAAGAGAGAUUCAAACCCAAACCGUUUUUAGAACUGCUUGGUCUCCCUCUCAAUCUCAAUCUCAAACUCAAACCCCUAAUCUCAACUCUCUCAUCGUCGCCUCCAGCGACGGUUCCAUCGCCUCUUACUCCAUCUCUUCCACCGUCUCCGCUUCUAAGCUCAAAAAUCCGUUUGGUUUUAUCAAUGCUGAUACGGAUAAUUUAUUGGCGGAGCCAGAUUGCUUUUUUCAAGCGCAUGAUGGAUCUGCGUAUGAUGUCAAAUUCUAUGGUGAUGAUGAUAAUGCUCUGUUGCUGAGCUGCGGUGAUGAUGGCCGGGUUCGAGGAUGGAGAUGGAAGGAACUUGCUAGCUCAAAAUAUCAUAUUACUUCAGAAGGAAAUAAUAUCAAGCCCGUCUUUGAUGUGGUAAAUCCUCAACACAAAGGUCCUUGGGGUUCACUCUCACCUCUCCCUGAGAAUAAUGCUAUUGCUGUUAAUACUCGGGCGGGAUCUGUUUUUGCUGCAUCUGGUGAUUCUUGUGCGUAUUGUUGGGAUGUGGAAACUGGUAAAUUAAAAACAGUAUUCAAGGGUCACUCUGAUUACUUGCAUUGUAUUGUUGCUCGCAACUCAUCCAAUCAGAUCAUAACAGGUUCAGAGGAUGGGACAACGCGGAUUUGGGAUUGCAAAAGUGGAAAGUGUAUCCAAGUGAUUGAUCCAGCAAAACAUUUGAAGUUAAAAGGACCUGUUUCAUGGGUUGGCUCUGUUGCUUUAGAUGCAAGUGAGAGUUGGUUGGCUUGCGGUAGUGGACGUAAUAUAUCACUUUGGAACCUUCCUGCCUCAGAGUGCACAUUAAAUUUUAUCACUCAAGCUUCUGUACAAGACAUGUUAUUUGACAAUAAUCAAAUUCUAACAGUUGGUGCAGAUCCUAUACUCAAUCGCUUUGACAUGAAUGGGGCAAUCCUCUCACAAAUACCAUGUGCUUCUCCAUCAGCUUUUUCUAUCUCCUUACAUCCAGCAGGGGUUAUUGCGGUUGGAGGUUACGGAUGUCUUGUAGAUGUUAUCUCGCAAUUUGGCAGUCACAUGUGCACAUUUCGUUGCCAAUGUGUUUAGAAAAGGUUGCAAAUCACAAUAUAGUCUGAAAAUUUUGAAGCUCGGAGAUCAGAGCCAAAAGACCAAAAAUGUCUUCCAACUCAAUGAAUAACAAGAUCACAUGGAUUUACAACAACUUUGUGGAUUGCCGGUAUAUAAGUAGUUAUCUAUUUUUCUAAGGGCACAUUUAAGGUUCGCUGACAAAAAAGUGUAUCCAAUCCAGAGGCUGGCCAGGGUAAUUUUUGAGGGAACCAAAUACAGUAUACUGUCUUAAUUGUACUAUAUAUGUACUAUAUAGUAUAUAUCAAUAUGAAUACGAAUAUCUAAUAGGCCUUGUUCUAUAUUA